AUGACAACACAUAAAAGUCAAGGUCAAACACUCAGUAAAAUUAUCAUUGAUCUCGUCAUGCCGCCGGGUCCGGUUGAAGUCGCAUCGGUUUACGUUCCAUUAUCUCGAGUGAAACGCUUGGAUGAUUUACUGAUCAUACGUCCUUUUGAAUUCGCAGCUCUUCAAGUGAAACCAUCAACAGCGCAGCGCGAAGAGCUCAAAAGAUUGGAUCGAAUCGCAAAAACUACUCCUAAACGUUUUCCAAUAUCUAUGCGACACUCUCUAUGUUCGUCACAAACAUCACAUCAACCACAUGAAAAACAUUUAACAUUUCAUAUCAACUCGUCAGAUUAUGAAGCUGCAUUUGUGAAUAAUGAAACAUCAACAAAUACAAUCAACAAAUUAUUGAAUCACAUGAAAAUAUUCAAACAGUAUUCGAUUGAUACAGAAUCUGAACGCGCAAAUAAUCAACUAUCAUUAAUCCAAAUUAACUCAAUAACCAUUACACCACCAUCACUUGUAAUGUUAUUCGAGCUGGAACAGUUGCCAGAUCGAAAUUCACAAAAGUAUGAGAAUAUUCUUCAAUUGUUUCAAAUAAUUUUUAGGACAAACAACAAAAUUUAUUCGUGGGAAAAGAUGCAAAUAGAACUUGAACCAGUAAAAGAAUUUCUUGUUUUACCAAUUCCAGCAAUGUUAAUCGAUAUUCAACCACAUUUUUCUAUGUGGUAUAGUUGGGCACGGACCCAGUGCGGGGUCCAGAGCCUGUCUCAUCGAAAUGAUAAGAUUAAUGAUAAUGAAAUUAUCCAACAACAUAAUCAACAUCCAUCAUGUGAUUGUCAUCCGUCAUCACCAUACAAAAUCAAUAAAGUCUGGUCUCUCCAAAAUUCACUUAACCAUUGGUCAUCAAGUUUAACAUCGAGUCAUUCAUCUUUAUCACGUGUUGAUCGAAUCAAUAUGAUUCAUUAUGCUACACAUGAUGUUAUCGCUGCUACAUUGUUAAUACGACCUAUUACUGAACGAUGGGCAUUUGAAAAACUAAAAAUUAUAAAAAUGAAUGAAAUGUUCAUCGCAUUGAAUUCAAUUAAACUUCCACCAUUACCAACAUCGAAAAAUAAAAAAAUCAAGAACAUCAACACGCAAAAAUUAAAUACAAUAUUACGAUGCAAUGAUCCAGAUGUAGAAGACAUUUCAUGGGAUGAUGAAAUAUAUUUAAACCAACUAGUGAAACCAAAUGAUAUUGACUAUAUACCGGUCAACAAUCGUUUAUUAAAGGACAAUGAAUUAGUUGUCAACAACCAUUAUAUGAUUGAUGAUGUCAAUGAUAAAGAAGAAACAGCACCAACAACGAUUCGUAAAAGCUCGCCAUCGAAGAAAUCAUGA